AUGGAUGGGCGUCAGGCGACUUUGUAUCGAGCUAUACGCAAGCGCCUCAUGCAAACAAAGAUCAUGGAUGACUAUAGCCUGCUGCCUGAUUUUUUUACUGCCUUCGAAUCCAUGAACCCUGGUUCUAGACGCAUUCAUUCUCUUUUACUUCCCGUUCUUCAAACAGACGGUACUCACAUGAAAAGUGACAACUACAAUGGAAUUUGUCUUACAAUGAUUGGACUUGGUGGAGAUAGAAAGGUUGUCCCGCUAGAGACAAAUGAAAACUUCAGCUGGUUCUUUGCUAAUUGCAUCGCUAGUGGAAUUUCUAUGGCCAAUCUACCGCUAUUCUCUGAUCGUGGAAAGCAUCGAGACGCCCAGAAACACCUAGCUUCUCUUGGCUAUCAAGUCAACUAG